AUAACUUCACCCCUUUUCUUCUCCAUCUUCCCCGAUCUUCCACCGUCGCCGGUCACCGCCGACCUCCUUCCCUCCGCCGUUCUCCAAUUCCAUUUCUGUAGGGGUUUUUUCAAACUCUUCCUUCCUUAGCUUUUGUAUGGCAGUGAGCUUGUUUUCGCAUGACGUUUCUGAUCUCUGUCUCGGCAAGCCUGCGCUGAGGCCGCUGUCCUUGUCCGCAGCCGUCGCCGACGCCUUGGUUGCUCUCCAAUUCUCCGACGAUUAUUUCGUCAGUGUCUGGGAUUGUCGUUUAGCGAAGAGCGGUUGCAGCGGCGAAGGCGAUGGUGGUGCUGGCGGUGGCGAUUUUGACUGCUGCCGGUGUGUCGGGAAGCUGUGUAUGGUGGAUGUGAUUUGCUAUCUCUGUAAGGACGAGAAUUUGUUGUCCCCUUCGGCUGCAUUGCGAGCUUCUGUCUCUGAAAUUUUGCCUCAAAUUCCUGGAAUCGUGAUGCAUUUGGAGCCGACUGCUAGCUUGUUAGAGGCCAUUGAUCUGGUUCUCCAAGGUGCUCAAAAUUUAGUAGUCCCAAUCAAGACUAAGUUAGGAAGCAAUUCAAGAAGAAAACAGCUCAAAAACCCCACAAAUGCCAUCCAUGGUGGCCUUGAAUUCUGCUGGUUGACUCAGGAAGAUAUAAUCAGAUAUCUCCUUAGCUCAAUUGGCCUUUUUUCCUCCAUUGCUGCGCUCUCCCUUGACAGCCUUGGCAUCAUUUGCACCAAUCCCUUAUCAGUAAACUACCACUCCCCUGCCUCUUCUGCCAUUGGAGCCAUUUCCCGUUGUAUCGCCAAUCAAACCUCGGUUGCAGUCAUUGAUGGCGAGGGAAUUCUGAUCGGUGAGAUCUCGCCUUUUGCCCUUGCCGGAUGCGACAAGGCCGUUGCAGCUGCGAUUAUGACCUUGUCAUCUGGUGACCUGAUGGCCUACAUUGAUUGUGGGGGUCCUCCGGAGGAUCUUGUUAAGGUUGUGAAAGCUAGGCUGAAAGAUAGCAAGUUGGAAGGAAUGCUAGAGGAAUUCACUAAUUCACCAUCCUCAAUUGGGUCUGUAUCUUUCACUUCUUCAUCAUCUGAUGAGGAAUUCUCGCCGUCUCCGAGCUCAAGAAGGUAUAGGAGAUCAUCGAGCUACUCGGCACGAAUUACUCGCCGUGCUGAGGCCAUAGUUUGUCAUCCAAGAAGCUCCUUGGUAGCUGUUAUGAUCCAGGCAAUUGCACACAGGGUGAACUAUGUUUGGGUCAUUGAAGAUGACUGCAGUUUGAUUGGAAUGGUCACAUUCCUUGAUAUGUUAAAAGUUUUCAGAGAACAUCUAGAGAUUACCGAGUAGACUUUCAAGCCAUUUGGCUUAGAAAUUUUGCACCCCUCCCCCCAAUCCCUUGUCUAAAGAAUAAAAACACUCAAAAGUUGGAAUCUGUGUUGCCAAAUUGAGACUAUUUGGGACAAAAUCCAUUAGGUUAUGUGUUAUUUGUGAUGUUUUGUUUGUGUCUAUAAACUUUUGGGAUCUGCAUGUUUCAGCCCUUGUAUUCUAAAAGCUCAUGAACAGAGUAAGCAGAUGUGGAGAGCUUUCAGUGAAAGCACUUUUUGCCUGUAUAA